AUGACCCUGACGCAGCUGCCGAGGGCGCGCGUGCGCAGGGCGGAUCCGCAUGCUGGCGCGCAGGAGGAGGAGGGCCGGGGCGAGGAGGGCCAGGGGGCCACCACGCAAAGGGCGCUGGAGAUACUGGAUGAGCUCGACCGCCAGGACGCGGGGGGAAUCCUCCGGUCGGGGCCGCCGGGCACCGGCAUCGGCCUGAGGGAGCGGCUGGCGCGAGAAAAGAUGCAUUUUCACGAGGCGGCCCUGCUGCUGCGCCAGUUCUUUGAGGGCGUCCUCUGGAACGCCUUUGCCGUGGACCGCGACCGGGCCGUGGAGGCCGACCGCCUACUCGACCUGGCCAACGCGCGGCUCUGCCCGCUCGAGCCCCCCCUCCGAUCCGCGUCCAAGAAGCGGAAGACAAUCCAGGACCCCCACUGGGGCGCGGCUGCCUUUGGCGGCGAUGUCCUCAGGCUCUCAUUCAAUCAGAAUCUGCUGAGGCCGAGGGGGGAGCUGCCGGACUGGUGGGAGGCCGAUUUUUGGUGCUCCAGCUUGGAGGCGUCCGAUGCGGACGCCUGUACGCAGCGCAAGCGGGGCCCAAAGCCGGUGGGCGACAAGGGGACGGGCGCCAAGCGCCAGAGGCGCCGGGGCGGGGCGGAGGGCAUGUGGCUGCCCGCGGGCUUGCAGCGCCUGUUGGCCAGGGCCCUGAGGCGAAUCCUCCGCAGGGACAGGCAUGACGGUCAGGGCCGGCUGGGCGGCGUGGCGGACGGGGCGAGCGGGACAGAUUGGCAAGGGGAUCGUUGGUCCGCGUGGGUCUCCACGCGGAGGCGCGUGGCUUCGGGAUUCGGUGACUAA